AAACCGAUUUCUAGCAAACCUAACCUCAAGCUGCUCAAGAACAACUCAGUUCGUUUGCAGCAGUAACUAGGCACUAUCACUGCACUAGACUAGCAGUGACCCACGCACUCUCUCUCAAAUCCUUAUCCAAUUCAUGACUCAAACAAAUGAAUAUCCUUUCUGGUUCGCUCUCCAGACUUCGAUUACCCAAAUUUCCCAAACCUCUCUCCUCCUCAAACCCUCGAAACCUCGGCCACACGCGGCCAGCUUUCAGGAACCACGCCCCCAACCGUGGUCUCCGAACUCUAGGCAAACCCGUCUCGAUCAUUCCAAAAACUAAGCGCACUUCUUUACCUAUCGUGGGACGAUUGACCAGCGUUAGGGUUUCGACGAUGUCAAACGGAACAGGAGAAAUUCGAUUCCCGCUGUCUCCGUCGAGCGCUCUCGUGAUCCAUAAGGGAGAUAUCACUCAGUGGUUCGUCGAUGGCUCUUCCGACGCCAUUGUCAAUCCAGCAAAUGAGCGGAUGCUUGGAGGUGGCGGUGCUGAUGGAGCGAUACACCGAGCUGCUGGUCCAGAACUUCGAGCAGCAUGCUAUAGUGUUCCAGAGGUCCGACCUGGAGUUCGUUGUCCCACGGGAGAAGCGAGGAUUACACCAGGUUUUAGGUUGCCUGCAUCUCAUGUAAUUCACACAGUUGGGCCUAUUUAUGAUGUUGACAGUAAUCCUGAAGCCUCUUUAAGAAAUGCUUACAGAAACAGUCUACGUGUUGCCAAAGAGAACAACAUCAAAUAUAUUGCAUUUACUACCAUAUCAUGUGGUGUAUAUCGGUAUCCUUUUGAUGAAGCUGCGACUGUAGCUAUAUCCACGAUCAGAGAAUUUUCAAAUGACUUCAAGGAGGUUCACUUGGUUAUUUUCACUGAUGAUACAUAUCAGGUUUGGUCGGCCAAGGCAAAUGAACUGCUCCAAGACCAGUGACUGCUGCUGCCUAACAAUCUGCCAGCCCGUUUGUCUACUUUAGAAGCAGAAAGAAUGCAAACUCUGGAUAGUUUGUAGUAUUAGAAGUUGGAAGUGAAUCUGGUUGGAUCACAUGUAAAAUCGGCAGCAUAUGUGCAUGGAACGUCAAUUUUAGUAAAUGAAAAUGCUAUUACGUUUUAAUUGCCAAAAA